AUGGAGAUACACUCAUGGAGGGUGUCGAGCUCGGAGAAUCUAGAGCUAAUGGUGACAUUGCAGUUACCAUUGGAAAUUAGACAUGCUAUGAAGCAUAUCCAAGAUUCUUUCAAGUCAAAAUUCCCCAAUAAAGUGUUUCCCAUGAAUAGUUCAAACAUUGGAGGUAUUGAGUCCUUUCCAAUCACGUGCUUGGUUUGGAAUGUCCAAGGAGCCGGUAGUAGAGAUUUUUUAGCAGCUUUGCGUGAAGUUAUUCGGAUUAAUAAACCUAUUGUUUUUGCUCUAGUAGAAACUCAUAUGGGUGGAGAACAAGCUUUGAAGAUUGCUUCAAUGCUUGAUUACAAUGGUCAUACUCGAGUGGAUGCCCAAGGGUUCAGUGGGGGAAUUUGGGUUUACUGGAAGCCGGAACUAGUAACCAUUGACCCCAUUACAAAGUCGAAUCAAUACAUCACUAUGACUAUUUCUCGUAGAGGGGAGGAACCUUGGUAUUUCACUUCUGUUUAUGCAAGUCCCGACCCUUCCAAGCGUCAAGAUUUAUGGCAAGAACUCUCUAAUUUUGCAAGGACCAAUAAUAAACCUUGGUUACUUGCCGGCGAUUUUAAUGACACUCGAUUUGGAUGGGAAAGAAACUCUAGUAGUGUUGAUACUUCAAGGAGGAGUGAACGUUUUAAUCAUUGGGUGGAACAAUCACAACUAAUUGAAGUUGAGUUUUCGGGUUCACCUCAUACUUGGGCUAGAGGUAAUUCUAUGGCUACCAGGAAGAGUGCGAGACUCGACAGAACUCUUUGUAAUUCAGAGUGGGGACUGCGCUUUGAUAAGGCUUGGGUGAAAAACUUGCCAGCCAUUCAAACGGACCAUUGCCCUUUACUUAUUUCUUCGAAUGGCUUUUCCCCUCUAGAAGUCAUGAACCGUCCAUUUCGCUUCCAGGCAGCAUGCCUUUCUCAUGAAAAGUUCUCUGACUUUCUCACUGAAAAAUGGAGAACUGAUAUCCCUCUUAUGAACUUAUUAAAGUCCUUCUCUACUGAUCUUCAAGAGUGGAAUAAGGAAGUAUUCCACAAUAUUUUUAGAGAAAAAAGGACUCUUUUGGCUCGGAUUCAGGGAGUUCAAAUCGCUCUAGCUUCGGGAAGAGAUUCGGGUUUGUUGAAGCAAGAGGCUGAAAUGCGAAGGGAGUUAGACUUGGUUUUGAACCAAGAAGAAAUGUUGUGGUACCAGAAAGCUCGUGCAGAUUGGCUACAACAUGGAGACCGCAACACUACAUUUUUCCAGCUUAGCACAGUGGUGCGACGUUGGAGAAAUAAAAUAGUCGCAAUCAAAGAUGCUGAUGGACAAUUGAUCCUUGAUCAAGAGCGUGUGAAAAAUUAG